AAAGAGUGGAAUUCAAAAGGAAAUCAUUCAUACCAUCCCGCCAUUAGCAGAAGCUCAGAGAAAGCUUCUCUCGGAAGUAAAAUUGGAGAUGGCGGAGUUUCCUUCUGCGAUAGAGACAACGGUUGCUUCAUCGCUUCUCCUCCUUUCGUAUGGGCCGGCGUUCUUCUCACCUACAAGGUCGGGAUCUGUAGAGGAAUCGAGCUAUGUGAGCAAGUGGUGUGACGAAGGAAGCUCGAACCUGAGCUUGAUGUUGGGAUCUACCGGAUCGAGAUCGUGCGGCUCCGCUCUGUCCAGCGAUGGUUCGUUUGGGAAUAGCGACGAUCGCGGAUUCAAAUUCAAUUACACUGGAGAUCGAUUCCAUCUCAUGGAUUUCAAGACAGCAAGAAAACGCCGCUCUCAGGUCAUCUGGGGAUCUUUCAAUUCUAAGCCAACACAUUUGAUGAUGGACUCUGUUUGUGAGCUCUCCACAUGCUCCGUUGAUUCCAAAGAUGAGUCGUCAUGCUUGUCAACUGGUUCAAGUGAAGUUUCCAGCAUUGAAAGCAGAAUCAAACUCGGAAAUCAGAUAAGUUACAAGAAGAUGAGAGUAGACGAGAAGAAGAGGAAGAAAGAAAGUAGCAGAUCGAAUUCUAUACGCCGCAGAGCAAAAGACAUCUUGGAGUUUCUUUCCUCAGCCUCUUCUUCUGAAGUUCAUAUCCGGCAGAUUCUCGGCGAUAGCCCUGAUACCAGCAAAGCUCUCAGAAUGUUGUUGAAAAUGGAGGAAGUGAAGAGGUUUGGCACAGGAGGAAGACUUGAUCCCUAUAUUUACAAGGUAUGA